GAUAAUUUGAUAUGAGAUUGAAGCAGUGGCGAAAUGAUAAUUCAAUUUAUCUUGGAUUCUAGGAGGGAGUAGUUAUCAAGCCGAGUUAUUUUUGGUGUUGUGAUCAUCGAACUAUGGGGCAGGAGAGCCUGUAAACACCCCCUGAUUAUUAGGUAGUGAGGGGCUGAUGAUCUGGUUGCAUCUUCAAUCAUCUUCGCUACUACUAAUCGUUCUCGAGCCGUUGUAUUAAUAUGGCGUCCCAUACAGCUGCUGGUUCUAACUCUUCAAUGUUCAGGCAAAAAAGGAAUGCGGAUGAAGUCAUCCAUUGAAGUUAUGUUCUGCUUGAUGUUUUAUCAUCAACUGAUCAUUCCCUGCUUGCUUGGCACAAAGCCCUCCGCAAUGACGUGAAUCAUAACAUCACCAACACAAAAAACGUUCAGAUAUCGGUAUUUCUCUACACAAAACAUACACACAACAUGUCAAUCGGCGUUGCUAUCAUUGGGUCCGGCAUUUUUGCUCAGACUGAGCAUCUGCCAGCUGUCCAAGCUACCCCUCAUUUGUCCCUCAAAGCUAUUUACUCCCGUUCUCUCAAAUCCGCACAAUCACUGAACGUCGAUGUUCCUCUCUAUUCCGAUGAUUCGGGUGUUGGAAACACAUACUACGACCUCCUUCUUCGCACCGAUGUUCACGCCGUCAUAAUCGCCCUCCCAAUUCUCGCUCAGCCCGAAUUCAUUGAAGCAGCUCUCGCAGCGGGCAAGCAUGUAUUGUCAGAGAAGCCAAUUGCAGGAGACCUGGAGAAGGCACAACGCUUGCUAGAAUAUUACAAUGGUGAUAAAGUGAAGGGUGGAGCUACAUGGAGCGUAGCUGAGAAUUUUCGAUUCUUGGAUUCGUUCAUCCAUGCAAGGAAGGAAAUAGAGAAGUUAGGAAGAGUCCUGGGCUUUCGAAUUCAAGUUUUUGGCAGCGUCAAGCCAGGAAUGAAAUACUUUGAGACUGAGUGGCGCAAGAAGCCAGAUUAUCAAGGCGGCUUUUUACUCGAUGGAGGUGUUCAUUUCACAGCGGCCGGCAGAUUGCUCUUGGGCGAGGAAGCAAAGCCAACAGCUGUCGUGGCAUUUAGCACACUUCUUCGGGAGCAUUUACCCCCUGUUGAUACGAUCAAUUCGAUAUGGCUCACGAAGUCGGGAAUAUCAGGCACAUUUAGUGUCUCCUUCGGUACCACUCUUUCUGGCCCUGAAUAUACAGUCGCUUGUGAGCAUGGUAGUGUUUCUGUUAUCAGAAGCAAAGUCAUUGUGCGCAAGGGUGAAGAAAGCGAAAAGAACUUUACAGAGGUUGAGUUUACAGAAGAGGGUAGUGGCGUGAAGCAGGAAGUUGCUGCUUGGGCUCAGAGUAUUGUAGACGGAAAGCCUAAUUCUAGGCAAUCUCCUCAAGAAGCCCUUGCUGACCUGGAAAUCCUGGAAAAGUUGUUGCGGAGUGGAGAGGAACAAGGGAAGAGCCAGAACUUGCAAUUUCAAAUCUAGGGCCGCAAAUUUACUCCGAACACAUUCACGCCUUGAUUUGUUUGUAGUAUCUUUUGUUUAAUAACGGCUCUCGAAUCUCAACAUUCAUAUAAAAGUAUAUACUUUGCAUGUUUCCGAGAUGUCCAAUAGCGAUGUUUUCAUUCAAGCUAAAGUUGAAAUAUCUGGAAUUGUAAUGACUGA